GGCCGGCCGGCCGGCGUACCCGGCGCCCGAACUCGCACGAAGCGUUUCUUUCGGAGUAGCACAAACCGCGCAGAACGUCGUUGGCUCUCGUUGAGUGCGAACGCGCGCUUGUUAAUUGAAGAAUAUAUAUCGAGACACGCUUCUUUCGAAAAAGAAAAGAAAGAUUUAACAAAUAAGGAGGAACAUCCGAGUCUUCUUUCUCAGUAGGGUAGUAAAUUGGAAGAAAGUAACAAGGAGAAAAAUGGCAGAGGACAAGAACGAGACAAGCCCGAACGCUGAGGGUGAAAACCCGCCACAGGAAGCAACACCGCCCGCAAAACAGGAAAAAGAGGAGCCUAAGGAAACGAAGGAGGAAGAGAAAAAGGCUGAGGAGAAUGGCGAGGGUGAAAAGGCGAGAGAGAACGGCGAGGAAAAGCCGACGCCAGAGCCUAAGGAUAUGCGAGCCAUCGUGCUCAACGGUUUCGGCGGACUCAAAAGUGUGAAAGCUCUGAGAAAGCCCGAACCCACCCUUAGCGAAGGAGAAGUUCUUAUACGCGUCAAGGCAUGCGGUCUAAACUUUCAAGAUUUAAUGGCACGACAAGGUGCGAUCGAUUCACCCCCAAAAACACCCUUCAUUAUGGGAUCAGAGUGUGCUGGAGAUAUCGAACAAGUUGGCGAGGGAGUCGAGAAUUUUAAAGUUGGUGACAGAGUUGUUGCAUUACCUGAUCAUAAAGCGUGGGCCGAAUUAGUAGCUGUCCCAGCGACAUCCGUUUUUGCAUUGCCAACUGGCAUGAGUUACUUGGAUGCGGCUGCUACUACUAUGAAUUACACCGUAGCGUACAUCUUACUCUUCGAAUUGGCCAAUCUAACGCCUGGAAAGUCGCUUUUGCUACACAGUGCCGGUGGUGGCGUUGGUCAAGCUGUGAUCCAACUUGCUAAGACUGUGAAAGAUGUAACCAUUUUUGGUGUCUGCAGCAAGUCAAAGCACGAGGCUCUUAAAUCAUCCGGCACUAUAGAUUAUUUGCUAGAAAGAGGCACAGAUUAUAGUAACGAAGUCAGAAAAAUUUCAUCCGAAGGCGUAGAUAUAGUCUUGGAUUGUUUAUGCGGCGAGGAAUGUAACAAGGGAUAUGCCCUCUUGAAACCUAUGGGAAAAUAUAUUCUUUAUGGUUCUAGUAACGUCGUAACCGGCGAAACGAAAAGCUUUUUCUCGGCGGCACGAUCGUGGUGGCAGGUAGACAAAGUUUCUCCCAUAAAGUUAUUCGACGAGAACAAGACGUUGUCCGGCUUGAAUCUUCGUCAUUUAAUGUAUCAACACGGUGGCCACGCAUAUGUCCGUCGGGCUGUUAAUCAAGUAUUCUCAUUGUGGAGUGAGGGUAAAAUAAAGCCCGUGAUGGAUUCAACAUGGGCUCUUGAGGACGUGCCCGAAGCAAUGCAGAAGAUGCACGAUCGAAAGAAUAUAGGAAAAAUCGUACUCGAUCCGAGCUUGGAGCCCAAACCAAAACCAGCUACGCCAGCGAAAGGAAAAGCAAAAGACAAGAAGACUACCAAUCAAGAGGAAAAGAAAGCAUCGAGCGUGGAAUCCGAGGAAGGCGAAAAGAAGAAAGAGCCUGAAUUGACAAACGGAACAUCUGAGGAUAAGUCUGAUAGUGACUCGAAGGAAAAAGAAUCAAGCUGAAUUGUCGGCGCUAGCUAAUCAUAAUAAUAAAAAAGAAAAAAAAAAAAAA